GUGUAAUUCUUAGGCAAAUGCCACAAAUAUUGGGUGUAAGAUGGCAUUAAAAGUGGAACUUUCCCGAACGUCAAGAACACGGGGUUGGCUGAGGUUUCCUAUCCACUCUGGUAGGGCUCUUAAGUUAAGUCCUUUUAUUUUUAAUCCUAAUGAUUAACUAUGGUUAAACUAUUUAAUGAUAAAACUCAGAAUACACGGAAGUUAAUAGUUAAAUGUACUAUUGAUAAUCCUAACACUUAUAAAGCUUCAUACUUUGAUUAUUAUUCACCCAAUAGUGUAUUUACGUGCAUGCCCCUCAUUUCAUUUUUUGUAAAAUUUUGUCUUAUUCUUAACAAUAGAGCAUUUACGGUUUCACCCUUCCAUUGCUAUACAAAAUGUAUUGUUUUCUUUGGGUAUAAUUUUCUAUAUAUUGUACCUUCGAACUAUCAAUUAAAACGCAUAUGGUUUCUAUUUCCUGUUACAUGUAAAUCCAACAUCUAACUUUAACAUAUCAUUUCUAGCAUUUACCAUAAAUUGUAAGUUCCUAGCUUUUAAGUAACAUUUUUACAAAAAUAAUUUUGUAUACCUUGGGGGAUCCAACAACUAGUAUAAUGAAAAGUGAGUAUAUCAUUGGCAAAAGUCAAUAAUAAGAGUGUAGUAAUGGGAAUUCACAUUCUAAAAGUAAACCACAUUCUAAAAGAUUACACAUUCUACACUCUAGUGUUCUGUAGUUACACCAAACCACUAUUGGAGCUGAAAAUAAAGAAAGAUGCAGCAACUCCAACUCUCAUUCACAGUAGCUACAGACUGCAAUGUCCAACGCCCUCUCUUACCGUCCACCAUGACCGCCGCAGCUCCCGCCGCUGCUAAACCACUCUAUCCAAAGAACUCGAUUAACUCCAAUUUCUUCACCAGUAGAAGAAGAGCAGCCGCAGCGGGACCAAGACGAUGUUCACGAGGAUUCACACCAAUUGCUUGCACAAUCAAUAACGAAUCAUCUGCAGGGGGAGGAGAGAGAGAGCCGGCAAAGGCUCUUCGAAGAUUGCUCGAUUCCUCUGGCCUACAUCAAGGUCCCGCCUGCUUCGAUGCUCUUAGCGCUAAGCUCGUCCAGGAUGCUGGUUUUCAGUUUUGUUUCACUAGUGGGUUUUCGAUAUCAGCUGCUAGAUUGGGAUUACCUGAUGUUGGUCUCAUAUCAUAUGGGGAAAUGCUGGAUCAAGGGCAGAAAAUCACAGACGCCGUGUCAAUACCUGUGAUUGGGGAUGGCGAUAAUGGAUAUGGGAAUGCAAUGAAUGUGAAGAGAACUGUAAAAGGAUACAUCAAGGCCGGCUUUGCUGGAAUUAUUCUAGAAGAUCAAGUGUCUCCUAAAGCUUGCGGUCAUACACGAGGCAGGAAAGUUACCUCCAUAAAUGAAGCAGUAAUGCGGAUAAAAGCAGCUAUAGAUGCUAGGAGAGAAAGUGGUUCAGAUAUUGUCAUUGUGGCAAGGACUGAUUCUCGUCAAGCAGUGUCUUUUGAAGAAUCAUUGCGAAGAUCUCAGGCCUUUGCUGAUGCUGGAGCAGAUGUUCUGUUUAUCGAUGCACUAGCUUCAAGAGAUGAAAUGAAGGCCUUCUGUGAAAUAUCUCCUUUAGUUCCGAAAAUGGCCAACAUGCUUGAAGGAGGAGGAAAAACACCUAUUCUCACUCCAAUUGAACUUGAAGACAUGGGGUACAAAAUUGUUGCUUACCCACUUUCUUUGAUAGGGGUCUCUAUUCAAGCAAUGCAGGAUGCCCUGAAGGCUAUCAGAAGAGGCCACAUUCCUUCUCCGGGAAGUAUGCCUUCGUUUGAGGAGAUCAAAGAUACUUUAGGCUUUAAUGAUUAUUAUGAAGAGGAAAAGCGGUAUGCCUUAACCAUGGCUCCACAACCUUCUCCUGAAGCUGUUGACAGUGGGUACAAACUCACACAGACUGGACUAGAUAGCUCGAACAAGAGCGGACGAUCUUCACAAGAUCCUCCCAUUGAAGUUGUAGUUCCUGAAGUUUAUACUGGUCCAGAAGGCUCAAGGGGAGCUUUCGGAAAUCUCUGGUCUCGGACAUUGAGAAUAAAAAUUACAGGAAGGGAUGGUAUUGAAAAACUGGAUGUCAAGAUUCCUGCUGGAUUCUUGGAUGGGAUUACAAAUAUAGUUCCAGCUUUAGUGGGUGUAAACCUCAAGGAGCUUUUAGACAAUGCUGCUGAUGGGAUGCAAGGGUCACUGUUAGACUUUAAUGACAACCUUGGAGACAGGAUACAAGUCUUUUUGGAGUAACUUGAGAAAUUUGGAAAGCAGUUCAUGAAGUCCUGAUAUCUAGCUGUAGCAGUCACAUGAAGCCAUUAGCAAGCAGUUUUGUCGAUUGUUGAAAAAUAUUCUUGGUAUCUCCCUCUUUCACCUUCUGUGGUGAUUUUGUAAAGACAUAUUGAGACGACAGAUUCUUGCAUGUAUUACUAGGAUCCUGAACUGUUGUAAGUUCAAAGUGUAAUUGUAGUGGGCAAAGCAUCAAUCAAUAAAUGUAUACGGUCUUCUGAAUAAGCAUGCGAAAAAUGUUCAAUAAAUGUGUACAGUUUUCUGUUGCGAUGAA